AUGUCGUCGUUCUCUCAACGCACUUCGCUGCCCACGCUCGACUCGGGCAAAAUCGUCGUCGAGACUCCUACCAAGGAACCUCUCGACGUGGUCCGACUCAUGAAGCCCGUCCUCAAGUCAAACUACUCCGCCGGCUCGCACACUCCUUCAUCGACCAACUCGUCCGUUUCAGCUGAAGUUUCUGAAGAUGAAGACGAUUUGGAAGCGGAGGACCUCAACAACUACCACUUUGCUGACAUGCAGCGCUGCCCUUCGCUCACCGCGUCCCAGGACAGUCUUUCUCCCUCGCCUACACCUUCGCCGAGCAAGGUCACCUUCUUCCCCUCGGAAGCUGCUCACGUCGCAGCAACAAAGGUCGACAAGCCCACCACCUAUGGCACCGUCCUUGUGGUUGGUGUCGGUUUCGUGGGUGCCCACCUGAUGGAACGCUUCUCGUCUGCCUACGAGGUGGUUGCUUUCGACGUCUCGGAGAACCGCUGCCAAUACCUUCGCAAGGUGCACUGCAACAACCCCAACGUCACUUUCAUCUCGGACUUGGAUGCGGACGACAGGACAAAGUCGUUCGACCUUUGCUUGGUCUCGGUGCCCACGCUUCUCACAGCCGAUCUGAGCCAGGUGGACCAGACGCACAUCCGAUCCGCUUUCAACAUGGUCUCGCGCAUUGCUCAGCCCGGGUCUACGGUGGUUGUUGAGUCGAGUGUCACUGUCGGCAUGACACGCGAACUGUUCUCGCCUCUUCUCGCCAAGGGAGUCAACGUCGGCUUUAGUCCCGAGCGCGUCGAUCCAGGCCGCACUUACCCGGCUUUCGAGGAUAUCCCCAAGGUGGUCUCUGGUCUGAACCAAGUGUCGCUCGAACGCAUCACCGAGCUGUAUUCGCGCGUGUUCAACACGGUGGUGCCCGUCUCCAAGCCCGAGGUGGCCGAAUUCACCAAGCUGUACGAGAACUGCCAGAGGCUGAUCAACAUCGCCUACGUCAACGAGAUCGCCGACGCUUGCGCCAAGCACGGCGUCGACGUCCACGAGGUAGUGAAAGCUUCGGCGACCAAGCCUUUCGGCUUCAUGCCUUACACACCCUCGCUCGGUGCCGGUGGACACUGCAUUCCUGUCAAUCCAUUCUACCUGUUUGCCAACUGCGACUUGCCCUUGCUUCGCUCUGCUGCUCUCGCCAACCAGCAACGCCCCGCGGCAAAGGCGUACGAAGUGGCACAGAUUGCUUCGGAAAACCUCAAGUUGACGUCGCGCGCUGAAGGUAAGCCAAAGGUGGCCAUUGUGGGAAUGGGCUUCAAGCGCGGCGAGGCAAGCCUUGCUUACGCACCCACCGUCACUCUGGCUGACAAGCUCACUGAGCUCGAUGUCGAGGUGAGCUACGUCGACGACUUUGUCACCUCGGACAAGUGGGCCAAAGUUCCAUCGUCCACAUUCCAGGACGCUGAGCUCUUCGACUCGCUUUUCGAUGUAGUCGUCGUGGCCCAAAGGCCCAUUGCUAGCGAAUUGGCAGUUCUCGAGAAGCUUUCCCCUUCGAAAGUCAUCUACUUCACCAAGUGA